AUGGCAAUUAUUAACCUUAACUGUGUCCUCGUUAAUGAUAAAGGAAAAUACUCCGAAGAUGAAGUUUUUACAAUUGAAAUUUCUGAAGAUAAAAGUAUGAAUUGCUCAAACAUAUGGAACAUCGAGAAACCAAGAGAAGAACGUUCAACAGCCGGAACUGUUGGCCACGAAGUGCUUUCGAUUCUCUUGGAUAUUUACACCGAUGUGACAGCGUACCUUCAGAUACACGAUAACUCGACAAAUACUCAAUGA